AUGGACGUAAGAUCGCAUUAUAUUAACAAAGGCGUAUUUAUUGCCAGUGGACAGAAGCUCGAGACUGACGGCUGCCAUCAUGGAGAUGAAGAUGAAAAAUUUAAUAUAGAAAGUAGUAGGAAUAAACGUAAAUUGGAAAGGAAAAAUAAUUCGGACAACCCGGACCGGGAAUCGAACCCGGAUCUUUUGGUUACGCACCAACGGCUCGGACAGUUAAGCUAUCUGAGACAUCGUCCGUAA